UUGAACGUUCCUCAAGAAGCGUCAAUGUUUCAUUGAUUCCAAGGAAGCUUCACGCCUCACGAAUUGUCUAUAAAUCCUACUCUAGGUCUUUUAUUACCGAACCUGUACUCUGGCACCGAAAAGGAAGAGAGCAGCCAAAACACGUCACACGCCCACGCCAAUGACUGUCAUUUGGAAGAAAAAGAGUGUAUGCGGUUAUAUUAUGAAAAUCCGGUGAUUUCUUGACUUUCUAUGAUUUAGCAUUCGCUAAAAUGUCUGGACACUUGGCACAUUGUCUGGUAGGAUCAACCAGAACAAAAGAUGUUCUCACAGAUGACGAAAUUACGUUUGAUUCUUUGCUGCUUCCUAAACAUAUUUUUGAGGGUCUCAAGAGAAAUGGGUUCCAGAAGCCAUCCCCUAUACAACUUAAGGCUAUUCCCGUAGGCCGAUGCGGCUUUGAUAUCAUAGUGAAGUCAAAAUCUGGCACAGGGAAAACGAUCGUGUUCACAACUGUUGCUUUAGAAACCAUAGAUACGAAUAAGAAGUUCCCUACAGUUUUGAUAUUGUGUCCUACCCGAGAGAUUGCAGUUCAAGUACAAGAAGUAAUUCAGCUAGUUGGAUGUUGUAUGGAAGGAUUGAAGGUAGAAAGUUUCAUAGGUGGCACUCCCCUACAAGAGGACAAAGAUAAAUGCAACAAUUGUCAUAUAGUUGUGGGAACUCCCGGUAGAAUAAAGCACCUCAUAAACAAUGGGGUAUUAAAAUCAGAAUAUCUAAGUCUAUUCAUAUUGGAUGAGGCGGACAAAUUGAUGGAAGACUCGUUUCUAAGCGAUAUUAACGAGAUAUACAACAGUUUGCCAUCAAAAAAACAAAUUAUCACUGCUAGUGCCACAUAUCCCAAUUCACUAGAGAAGUAUCUGUCAGAAUAUAUGGUUUCACCUACUUUUAUCACUGCAGAAUUGGGGACUCCUCUUCUGUUAGGUUUAAAACAGUUUGUAUCGAUAGUAGACAAACCCGGCGACAUGUGCAUCCAGAUAUGCGAGAAAGUCGAGGAAUUAAGACGCAUACUGUCAACUGUUACCUUUACCCAAUGCCUGGUGUUUUUCAACUACCAACGCAGGACGCAAUCCAUCACAAACGUCUUGAAUAGAUCCGAGUUUCAGGCGACGUGUAUUCACGCUCAUCAGACGCAGCCUGAGCGUUUAGCAGCCGUCAACAAUUUCAAGUCAUUCAAGUGUCGCAUUUUAUUGUCUACCGAUUUGACGGCGAGAGGGAUUGAUGCGGCAAAUGUUGAUUUGGUCAUCAAUUUUGACAUUCCGACCGACGCCAUGACGUAUCUACAUAGGAUGGGAAGAGCUGGAAGAUACGGAUCUACUGGAGCCUGUAUCAACAUUACCCUUAUAGACGAGUUGGAAGUGUUGCAAAAAAUCCUAGGCUGUAUUGGUGGUUCAGAAAUCUCCAUACCGAAAUUACCAGAAUUUGCUGGAUCUAUUCAGGAUUUACUAAGAAUUGAAGUGCCACCAGAAAAUUGCAUAAGCGGAAUCGUCAGCGAAACUCCUACUUCUGAUAUCAGGAGUAGGAUAAAUGAUUUGAAAAAGGGGAAGCACUCGGAAGAGAUGAAACAGAAAAAUAUACAUAAAGCUAAGAAAGCCAAGAAACAGGCAAAACAGAACAUUGACAAAAAACAAGACAAUAAUUCACUUCCAAUGUCAGUUUCUUCAAAAAAUGAAUCAAAUAAAUCCACAGCUUUGCCUUCUAAAAAAGCAAACGAAAAUCAAGAAGACAAUGUAGAUAGUGGUAAUGUGGAGAAUCUUAAAAAACAAGUUUCUGAAGUGGGCAACAGUGAAAUCUUGGCAUCUUUAGCUUCAGGCACUUUUCAGUUUAAAACGAAGGAUCAAGCAAAUAUGUCAAGAGACGCAUCUUCUAAUAACGCAAAAAAAAAUAAUGAUGUCGAUUUUCAAAAGUUUCUUGAAAAACGAAUGGCUGGAUUUAACAGAGAAUCAAUUUUGGAUAGUUUGGUUUCAGACGCUUUUCAAUUUAAUGCCACUCCCAAACCAAAUCUGACUGUUCCCGAGGUUAAAAGAGACACCACUCAGCCUUUUGAAGAAAAGAAAAAUGUCAGAUCUCCAACAUCUAGUAACGAGUUUAACAAACAGUGCCAGAAGAAACAAAAAUUAGAAGACACCUAUUGCAAAAACAAAGCUUUAUUGGACAUCACAAAGAUUUUGAUAAAUCCUGACAGCACAAAACCUGAAGAAACAUCAUUACAAGCUUGCUUAGAUACCCUGAAAUUGAAUGAAAAAGUAAAAGUAACGAAGUUUUCAGAAAAGGAUACCGCUGAAAUUUUGGAUGUUAUCAAAAGUGAUCGUCCGAUUUCGGAUGAAGAAGAAACUAAAGAUAGUAAAGCAUAUGUGAAAGAGAAUGUAGGCACAUCUUCUCAAGGAACGGAAAGUGUUGAUGUAGAAAGGGUAUUGGAAAUAGCGUUUAAUACGAUAGUGAGAUCAACGAAUGAUAAUUUGGAAGAGUGUUUGGAGAAGCUUCAGAAGAAGACAGGAGAGCCGGAAAAUGUGAAUGAAAGUGUUAGUAUGGUGGUGAAUGAUGGAUUGUCUGAAGAUUCCAAAGAGACUGAUCCGGGACCUGUGGAGAUCAUGAAAUGGGUACCAGUGAAACCAGGUAAGAAUGACCAAAGUAGGAGCAGACAGAUGUCAAACGCUGAACAAGACACAACAUUAUGGGUGCUGAACCAGAACCAAGAGACUCAAGAAGAUGAAAACAGCCAUGGUAACUUAGAUGGUGAAAACGAACAGUACGAUUGCAAUAACGAAGUGGUGCUUGAUAGGUGGGAACCAGUUGAGGAUUCAACUAGUCAAGAGUACCAUCGUCAAUAUGCUUUGCAGACGGCGCAUAGGGAUAUCGAGCGGUACGACCGAUUUCAGCAGUAUUUCGAUGUAUGCAGCGAAAGUCUUUGGAAUAACGGACUUCGUUUUGGAGACGUGACAACUUUUGAUGAGUGGUUUUGCUAUGAAUGGGAGGCACAACUAUAUGAAGUUAGGAAUUACGUCCAGCAAAAUGUAUAUCUAGACGAAAUGAAUAGAACUAGACAUUUUAAUCGCUAGAUUAGUACUACAGUUGCCGACAAAUUGUUUAAAAAAUAUUUAUGGAAAAGAGGAGACGUCGUUCCUUGUGAUAUUUUCUUAGGCGACGAUAAGUAAUUGCUGGAUUGUGUUUCUUAUGGAAGUCGUAAAACAGGGUGUGGCAGCAUAACUUCCUUUUUUGAAACUUAAUAAAACUCAGUGUAUUAAUCAGAUCUUUUUUGUUUUUUAUAAUGUAGGCGCAUGCCCAAAGCUUUAUUUUGCAUAGUUUUAAAUAUCAAAUCAGACUGGUGAGGUCCUCCAUUCUCCGUACAUUGAAUAAACCGAUGAAAAAUUUAUGACUCUUGCCAACAUAGCGUGUUAUGUUAUCAACUUCUUCCUGAACGUUGGUCUUCAAAUCUUGUAGGGUCCUUCAAUUUUUCAUAAAAACGCGGGAGCCAAAUCGGAAGAGCGUGCCGGCCACUCGAAAUCACCCCUAAUUGAGAUGAGGUGCUUUGGGAAUCGGUGCUAUUGAAGUUGUGCCGUUGCGUCGCAUUGUCGGAACAAAAUGUCCCCUAAUUCCAACUCAUCUAGCCGUGGAAAAAAUCAUCUAACAUGUUUACAUAACGGUCGGAAUUCACUGUCACUGCGACUUCUUUUGCCUCAAAGAACCCGGGUCCAAUAAUUCCAGCUGUCGAAAUUGCACACUAGACUGUGAGUUUAAGCGAGUGCGAAGGCCUUUGAUGUAAUCUACGAGGAUUGGUGUUAGCCCAGUAGCGCAUGUUUUGUUUGUUGAUAAAUCAACAGAAAUGAAGAUGGGUUGCAUCACUAAAAAAAAAAACAAUAGUGUCAGUCAGGAACGACUUGGAGAAGAUGCUCACAUGCGUUCAUCCGAAAAUUUGAUGUCGCAUUCAGAAAGUUCCUGCACAAUUGCCAUCUUGUAAGGAAGUAGUUAGUACUUUUGUCAAUUUCUUUUUCAAACUUAAUCAGAUGUGUCUAUUAUUUUAUAGGACCAUUUUCUUCAAGCAACUAUCCAAACUACCUGUUUAUUGAAAAUAAAUUUAUUAAAUAAAAAAAUCAAGUAUUA